CCGCCGCGAGCCAAUAAAGCGUGAACCCGUCCGUCCGGCUCGCACUUUAAGACUUCCCGAGCGGCCGCGGGGGACGCCAGUCGAGCCAGGAGACGCUUACCUGCCGCUUCGCCCGCCGCCCGGUGCACCUGGCUGCAAGGGACCUCGUCCGGACGGAGGACGGCGACAGCUCCGCGGACUUGGAAACGGGCGCGCGCCGUCCCGGGCACGGUCUCUGCGGAACGUGGGGGCGCUUUGGCGGCUCCUUCCCUGAAUUGUCCCCCGCCCGCCUCCAGCCCGGCCCGGGAAAGGUGGGACGGCUGCCGGCUCUAGCGACGGAAGCGGACGGUGCCCGACGAGGAGGGUUCGAAAAUGCCCCGCGCGUUUCUGGUGAAGAAGCCGUGCGUCUCCACGUGCAAGAGGAACUGGAGCGAGCUCCCGGACGAGGAGCGCGGCGAGAUCUACGUGCCAGUCAGCCUGGGCUUCUGCCCACCACAGCCCUACCGGGAGCCAGAGCCAUCAGUGGCUGAACCCCCUUCUUGCCCCCUGGCUUUGGACAUGAGCCUUCGGGACUCUGGCUACAGUGUGGCCCCUGGGCCCUGCGUGGUGGCCCAGCUGCCCUCUGAAGACAUGGGCCGCUUGGCAGACCCCCAGAGCAGAGACCACAGCUUCCUGCGCACCAAGAUGAAGGUGACCCUGGGGGACAGUCCCAGUGGAGACUUCUUCACCUGCCACAUCUGCCAGAAGGCCUUCACCUACCAGCGCAUGCUGAAUCGCCACAUGAAGUGUCACAAUGACGUCAAGAGGCACCUCUGCACCUACUGUGGGAAGGGCUUCAACGACACCUUCGACCUGAAGAGACACGUGCGCACUCACACUGGUGUGCGGCCCUACAAAUGCAGCCUGUGCGACAAGGCCUUCACGCAGCGCUGCUCCCUGGAGUCUCACCUCAAGAAGAUCCAUGGCGUGCAGCAGAAGUACGCGUACAAGGAGCGGCGGGCCAAGCUGUACGUGUGCGAGGAGUGUGGCUGCACGUCUGAGAGCCAGGAGGGCCACGUCCUGCACCUGAAGGACCACCACCCCGACAGCCCUCUGCUGCGCAAGACCUCCAAGAAGGUGGCCGUGGCCCUGCAGAACACCGUCACCUCCCUGCUGCAGAGCAACCACCACCUCUGAGCGGCAGGCCCC